UAAUUCAUAUAGUCCUACUAGUUAUAUAGAGCACUAUAAAUGCAUAUAGCAUAUGUCUAUCCGAUAUCUACUUAAAGCAUAUUAAUACUUAUGUAAUCAUUUUUUGCUAUUCUUCCCCGCCUACCUAAAUUUCUAAACCCACAAGAAUCGCAUCCCACUAAAACAACAAAAUCUGGAAAGACAUCGCAACAUCGUCACAACAACCAAACCCGAUAACCCGAACUCAUCCCCCAAAGUCAAUACAAUAUUGUACAAUAACAGGGCGAAAACUAGUUUAGAAGUUUGCGAUCAUGGCGGACUCUUUAAAGGAUGCGCCGUUCAAGACGGUUCAGGUUGAGGCGUUGGUUGUUAUGAAAAUAGUGAAGCACUGCUCAAACAACUUCCCUACGGCCGCUACCGGUUCUAUCGUCGGUAUGGAUAAAGAGGGUGUUCUUGAGAUCACCAACACUUUCCCUUUCCCUACCGUUGAUAUCGCAAACCUCGAAGGUGGUCACCAAAACGAUGCGUCCGCUCUCGCCGCCGCCGCUCCCCGCGCCAAGGCGAACAUUGUUUACCAGAACGAAAUGAUACGACAUCUUAAGGAGGUCAACGUCGACGCCAACAGCGUGGGCUGGUAUACGAGUGCUACCAUGGGUAACUUCGUUAGCUCUAGCUUUAUUGAGAACCAGUACCACUACCAGCGUGAGAGCGACCGGGCAGUGGCUUUGGUGCACGAUGUUAGCCGAAGCUCCCAGGGUGCUCUGAGCCUUCGCGCUUUCAAGUUGACCCAGAACUUCAUGACUGCAUACAAGGAGGGCAAAUUCACCACCGAAAGCCUACAAAAAUCCAAGCUUUCGUUCAAGGAUAUCCUUGUCGAAUUUCCUGUCAACGUCCACAACUCGCACCUUCUUACCUCCUACCUUCAUCAACUACCCGCGAUCCCCACAGAUGAAGACUUGACAUUGCCGACGUCUCUCUCCGACUUGCAGCGAGACCCUGUGAAGUUGCCUCUCAACCCAUCUAUCGAUGUUCUUGAUCUCUCGAUAGACCCUUUCCUCGAGAAGACCUGCGAUCUUUUGCUCGACAGCAUUGAGUCUCAUUACACUGAACUAAACAACCACCAAUACUACCAGAGGCAGCUAGCUCGCGAGCAGACAAAGAUUACGGCAUGGCAAACAAAGCGAAAAGCAGAGAAUGCGGGACGAAUUGCGGCUAAGCAGCAGCCGCUACCCGAAGACGAGUGGCAACGAAUCUUCAAGCUUCCUCAGGAGCCUAGCCGUCUGGAAGGCAUGUUGAACGCCAAACAGGUCGAACAAUACAGCAAGCAAAUAGACGGAUUCACAGCCAACGUCAGCGCCAAGAUGUUUGCUGUUAGAGGAAAUCUUCUCCCAGAAUAAAGUCACUAGAGAAACAAAAAGGGUUAUAAUUGAUAUAGGUGCAUGUGGCUCGGCGUCCGGGGCGUUCUAGGGUUUCUCAGGGUCUGUAGAAUAAAUUCUACUUAGUUAUUCUGAUACUGCUACGUAUCCCUUAGUCGGGGUCUUUUUCACAUAAAAAUUGAGACUCUAGCUCUGAAGCCAAAGAAAAAACGGUAUGAAUAAGGUAUAUUGAUCGUCUUCGAAUCUCAUCACGAGCGUAAGCAGGCCAAAUUUCUAUCACGUGUUAAGGAGGAAAGAGGGAAUACUGAAGAUUUCCGAUGCUCACAGUGUAGAGAUUCCAUAUUCAAGCUUACCUACAAGACACUUUAACUACCAGGCACCUACAUUUUUAAUCAAUUUCUACCGUACCUCCAUAUAU